ACCAUGAUUUACAAGGUGCAUUUCAUACCGCUUGGACCAAACUCCGAUCUCUUUACUAAGCUCAUGUAUGCUUUAAGAGUCUCAACAGCUGUUACAUUCCAUUAUGUUUGGUACCUAAAUGAUCCCGAACUACUUUCGCUUGUGCCACGACCAGUCUCCCAUGCAUUCUUGUUUUCCCCACACCGAGUGAUUACGAAUAUCUCUUGGCCAGACAGCGUGACGCGACAGCAAAUAAUGCAUGGCCCGAAUACGGUCGGAAUGCCGUAUGGUUCAAACAGACGAUCGACAAUGCCCGCGGUCUCUACGCCAUUCUUCAUGCCUUUGCGGAUGGCCGUGCGAGAGACUACAUAGUGUAGAUAAGUUUCCAUAUUGCAAUAGAUGGCUCCGAACCUGAUACACGCCGUCAUCUUCAUUGUAGUAUCAAGAUCUCACCUAUCGGGUCUUCUUAAGAAGUGUUUCUCUUGAUCCUGUCGAAUAGGUUGCUGUGCUUGAGAAUGACACGGAGCUGGAGUCAAAAAUUACUACAUGAAGACACGAAAGACACCUGAAAAUCCAGAAGAUGAAGCAGAUUCCCGCUACGUUUGCUUUGUCAAGUCGCAUCAUAGCAAUAAACCCUUCCUCUAGAUAGGGGUCAAUUAGACCGGGUGGAUAGGGGUUUACUGACCAGAUGACGUCCUUUAUGGGCAGGGGAUCAAGGCUAUUAAAGAGUUUAUUACCGACCCUGAUGGCAGAGGAGGCUUUGGUCUGGUGACGCUUGCUCCGAGCUGAACAUACAACGCGCUAGGUUAGAGUGCUCCGAACAUUCUGCUACCCGAAUAUAGACAGGGGCUGUAGCUACCAAUGCCACUGAUACAUUUGUCUCCGAAAUGAAGAACUUUAGGUCCUCUUUCUUUCCAAGCCAAUAGGUCUCAUUGCAUAUACGUCGAUACUCACCCACAAAUUGAGAGGCACGCGUUUCGAAACGUAGCGAUAGCUAAAAGGGGGCAAUGUUUGAAUAACUCUUCGCAA